AUGUCUUCAGUCAAGUGGUCUCUGUUGAACCUUCAUGUCUGGAGCUCGGUGUUGGAUGUCUACUGGAGCACAUUUGCUAUACCAUUUGUUAUUUUUCCCUAUAUGGCAGGAAAUGGAAUAGGAGUUUUGUCAAUGCUAGGCUUGAAUACAGGAUAUCAAGUUUACUUUUCGGUUAUGAUAGUUUCAGUCCUUGUCGCCACAAUGGUACGAGUAUACGAAAAUCGAUGGUUCUUGCUAAGCCGGAACCGGAAAUUAUGGAGACGAAUUCGUGGUUAUGCAUGUAUCCUGAAUUAUAUUAUCAGUGCGAUGUUUUUCAUUCCUUUUCUAUUUUUUGUGCCAGAUCAAAUGAAAGCAGUGCCAGUGGUGUUAGAGAAAACUCCCUGCUACCAUUUAUAUACCCAAACCAUCCCAUUAUACGUAUUCACUCUGAACCCUAUCCCAGUCUUGGCCACUGUCGCAUUAUUCAGUGUCCUUCAAAUUUCCCUUAUGAGCUUAUUUGUUUGUCUGACUGUUCGUGUCCUAUCGAUUCAAGCUAGACGAAACACAACAUCGCAGUAUACUGUAACACUGCAUCGAAAGUUUUUGUAUGCUCUUAUGGCACAGACAGGGCUACCAGUGAUUUUAGUAUUCUGUCCGCUGCUUAGCUUGUUUUAUUUGGUGCCGAUGGGAUAUCACAAUCAGAUGAUAACAAACUUCAUAUUCAUCUCUGUAUCCCUUCAUGGGUUCUUCUCAACUGUCCUACUUCUUCUGGUCCAUCAACCAUAUCGAUUGGCAACGCUACGAAUAUUAAAAUGUGGAUUCAAUUUCUACACUUUCUACAAAAUUUUCGAGAACGAAAAGUUUCGAGAUAUCUUUAACUCGUUCCUCAUGCUACCUUCCACUUCUGCAACUCAAUUCACCAUUUAUUUAUGGACACUUCUCUACAUUAAAUUUGGAAAUACUAUGGCUAAUAUGGUGUUAUUAAUAGUUCACAGCAUUUUGAAACCGCAAUACCAAAAAAGUUCACUAACUACUAAAUAUGCUAUGGAAGAGAUCACGAAGACUUCGAAAUUCACUAUGACCAUCACGUUCACCCAUCUGCUUUUCUUUGGAAUCUACACAGCCUGCAGUCUAUUCGUUCGCGUUCUUGGCCAGCAAUUUUUCGGGAGUUUUAUUAAUUUCUAUGUGGCUCGAGGUAUUAAUUGUGCAGUUCCCACUUAUAACUUGGUGAUUGUUAUUGUUGGGUUCAUAUCGUUAUAUCAUUUGAAUAGGAAAAGGAAUCAAGCAGUAACGACGAAUGUUCAAAUGAUGUCAAUUGGGAAUGAGGGAGCGAAGAAUUAUGAUGAAGCGAUAACUAACAAGUGGGCUACGGUUGUUAGUGGGAAGGUGUGA